AUGAGUAAUGAUAUGAGUAAUGAUAUUUAUGAAAUCAAACAAAUUUGUCUAACAGCUCGCUAUAAUAAAUCGAUUCGUAGCGCCUUUAUUGAGUUGGUAAUAUUUUCAACAGAACCUAUUGCAAAUUUAUUACAAUAUCAAAAGGACAGUAAAAAAGUUGGCAGGAAUUUUGAUUUAGAACAUCUUAAGUUAAAGAAUUUAAUUACACUUGAGAAAUUUAAAAAUUCUUUGACGAAUAUUAAGGAAUUUGUCAAAUGCGUGACGCAGAUUCAUGGUUCUACAAAGUAUCAAGAUGUUGCGAGCAUAAAAGAAGAUUUUGAUCAAAUUAUCAAGGAAUAUUGUACAUGUGUGAAAGAGUUGAAUCCGAAUUUCUUAAAGAUGUUGAACCCUACUGAGCAAGAUUUGAAGGAUGAUGAAAUUGAGGAUUUUAUUAAGGCACAAUCUUUGAUACAAUCUUUAGUCAGGGAUAAAAAAUUAAACUAUGGUUUGAUUAUUUGCAACCGGGGAAUAAAUUUUAAAUACAAAUUUGAAACUCAAAUUAAAAUUAAUCCUAUAAAUCGCGAUGCUGGAAAAUUCUAUAUAAAUUCAGUUUCUGUUAAAACACAAAUGGACUCUUUAUUAUUAAAAUAUAGCAUCAAGCCGUCCAAGAUUAACUUUGAGUAUUUCCAACUUAUUUUAAAUCAAUCGGUUAAUGAACCUGCAAAUCAAGUUUAUCUCGAAAUACAGUAUCCAUUGUGGGAAAUAGUUUUUGAGAAAGAAAAUAUGAAAUUACCUGAAAAAUUGAUUAAAGACAUUAAAAUUGCUUUGGAACAUAACGAUCCCUAUCACGAAUUAUUGAAAGUUUUUGAUGAAUAUGGUUAUUUUGUACCAAGCAGGGUGAUUCUCGGGCAUAAAUUAUAUAGGAUGUCAUGUCUAAAAAGAAAUAAGACUAUGUUAGGGAAGAAAAAAAUAGUAACCCGCGAAUAUUUUGAAACAAUGGAGUUUACGGAAUUUUGGAAAGAGUGGAGUAAUUCAAUUAGACAUUUUAGCUUCGAUGAAUUGCAUUUGUCAUCAAUGAAUUCAGGAAAAUUUGAGCGAGAAGACAUUAAAGAGUGGGCAUCUUUCUUAAGUGAUAAUAAUCUACAAAUUAUUUGUUGGGAUAAAUUACAUUCUUUAUAUGAGUUAUUGGAUAAUAAUUUAAAGCGAAAAGUCAAUUACAGAUUCCCUUUAUUACUUCGUAAACCUUCCUUGCAAUUUAAAUUCUGGUCUAUAUACUCAAAUUUACGAAUGUUUUGGAUUAUGGUUGGACUCCCAGAAAUCGGGUUCUAUAGUCCAAAUACUAGAGAUAUCUCUAUAUUUGCAUCAGGCAGCCAUGAAUUUGCGUAUGCAAAAAAGUUGGGUAUCUCAAUCUUAGUGCCCGAAAAUCUGCCAGCAAACUGGAAUUUUGGUGUUUCUUUCCAAUACCUAGAAAAUUGUGAUUGUGGUCCAAAAUUUCGUGCUACUAUUCAUUAUGAUAAAAUUAAUAAUGAAAUUAUAAUUACUAUUCAUGAUGAAUCCAACAUACCCUAUAGCAUGUAUAAUAAACCAAAAAAUAAAUAUUUGCUCCAUUGGUGCUUUUUACCUAGAGAUCAUGAAAUUUUAGUAGAUAAUAUUAAAUGUUGGGAAAUUUUAGGCGUUCUUCCUGAAAAUCAGGAAAUGUUAGAUGAUAAUUUUGGAAAUCAAGAGAUUCCAGCCGACAACAUAUUUCUUGGAAAUCAAAUGACUUCAGCUGAUAAUAUUCUGGAAAAAAGAUUUAAUUUAAGUUUGAUAGGCCAAGACGUUUACGAGAGAUCCGAAGAAGCUAUGAGUUAUGAAGAUGGAGUAUUAUCACAUUGGGUUUUGAUGCACUAUUCAAUAAUGUUUUAA